AUGGGCAACAAACAAGAGGAGCUGGAAGCCAUUGUGCAGCAGGAAGGCUAUGAUGUAGUCGCCAUCACAGAAACGUGGUGGGAUGACUCGCAUGACUGGAGUGUUGCCAUGGAUGGCUACAAGCUCUUCAGAAAGAACAGAAUCAGGGGGAAGACCAACAAGGCCGACAUCAUCAUAGGUGUCUGUUACAGAUCGCCCUACCAGGAUGACGAAGGGGAUGAAUUAUUCUACAAGCAGCUGGCGGAUGUCUCGAAAUUGUCCUUGUCCUUUGCAGACUAUCCUGAUCUCCGCAAACAUAACAACUGCAUGGCUGAAUGCCUCACACCAGCAAUUUAUGCUAGGCUAAGGGACAAGAUCACUCCCAAUGGCUACACCCUAGACCAGUGUAUCCAAACCGGGGUUGACAAUCCUGGCCAUCCUUUCAUUAAAACUGUGGGUAUGGUUGCAGGCGAUGAAGAAUCCUAUGAGGUAUUUGCUGAGAUUUUUGACCCUGUCAUUAAAGUGAGGCAUAAUGGCUAUGAUCCGUGCACAAUGAAGCAUCACACAGACCUGGAUGCAUCCAAGAUCACCCAUGGUCAAUUUGAUGAGCGCUAUGUCCUCUCAUCACGUGUACGUACUGGUCGUAGCAUCCGGGGCCUCAGCCUUCCUCCAGCUUGUACCAGGGCAGAGAGAAGAGAAGUAGAAAAUGUUGUAGUCACUGCUCUAGCUGGACUGAAAGGAGACCUUUCUGGAAAGUACUAUAGUUUGACUGAUAUGUCUGAGAAGGAUCAGCAGCAGCUUAUUGAUGAUCAUUUUCUCUUUGAUAAACCAGUGUCCCCUUUGCUAACAUGUGCUGGGAUGGCACGUGACUGGCCAGAUGCCAGAGGAAUCUGGCAUAACAAUGACAAGACAUUUCUUGUCUGGAUUAAUGAAGAGGACCACACCAGGGUGAUCUCCAUGGAAAAGGGUGGCAACAUGAAACGGGUGUUUGAAAGAUUUUGUCGUGGUUUAAAAGAGGUAGAAAGAUUAAUUAAAGAACGAGGCUGGGAGUUCAUGUGGAAUGAACGUCUUGGAUAUGUUCUGACUUGUCCUUCGAACCUAGGAACUGGUUUACGUGCUGGAGUACAUGUAAAGCUGCCAAACCUUAGCAAGGAUCCCAGGUUUCCAAAAAUCCUGGAGAACUUGAGGCUGCAGAAGCGCGGCACUGGUGGAGUAGACACAGCAGCUGUCGCAGACGUGUAUGAUAUCUCCAACCUGGACCGCAUGGGUCGAUCAGAGGUAGAACUAGUUCAGAUUGUCAUUGAUGGAGUCAACUAUCUAGUUGACUGUGAGAAGAAACUGGAAAGAGGUCAAGACAUUAAAGUACCACCACCGUUACCUCAGUUUGGCAGGAAGUGAUCUUGUG